AUGGAACAGCAGUCCUACUGUUACGACCUUCCCACUACCACACUGUCAUCGGCGCCGCCCGCCUUCGACACGACAACGACAGACGACAGCGACAUGCUACUGCAGCUUGAAGCCUUCCUCCUCGGCACCGACGACGCUGAGGCUGAGGCUGAGCCCACCACCGAGGUGGUGUCCUCCGACUGGUCGUCUUCUAGUUCCUCGUCCUCAUCCUCCGCCCCAACUUUCCCAGAGGUGGGACUGGGAGCGGUAGCGAGAACCACCGCCAACACUCGCGGCAAUGGCAAUCAGCAUCGGGGGACGGAAGACAAGCGGCGGCGGCAGGCCUUGAUCGGGGUACGCAAGCGGCCGUGGGGCAAGUUCGCGGCCGAGAUCCGCGACUCCACGCGCAAGGGUGCCCGCGUGUGGCUCGGCACCUUCGACACUCCCGAGGCCGCCGCGCUGGCCUACGACCAGGCCGCCUUCGCCGCGCGCGGCGCCGCCGCCGUCCUCAACUUCCCCGUGGAGCGCGUGGUGGAGUCGCUGGGGGCGCUCCAGCUCCCGCUCCCCGGCACAGGAGGUGGUUCGCCUGUCCUCGCGCUCAAGCGGCGCCACUCCAAGCGGACGCGGAGGCGCAAGGUCGUCGUCUCACCUGGAACUGUCAUCGAUGUCAGCAAUAAUACUACCAAGGCAGCAGCACGGUUGCAGCAGCCGGUGCAGCAAUGCUCCGACGCGUCCAGCUCCAUUAUGGCUGUGGCUAGUAGUAGUAGUAGUAUGCCGGAGCAGAGGUUGGUGCCUAGCCAGUGCCACCGAGGCGGCGUUGUCGAGCUAGAGGACCUUGGCGACGAUUACAUGCAGGAGCUCCUCCGGAUAUCAUCCGAGUUGAAUUAUUGUUAG